UCUCAGGACGCAAUGAGGUUAACAGCACUGCGCGUAUGUGGGAUCCUGCUGGCUUUCUCGACCCUGUCUUGGACCACAACAGACUCUGAUGAAGGAAACGUCCUGGGGGAUCAUGGAUUUGGGCCCUGCACUGCAACUUUGAGACCUGAGGGGCUGUGCAGACAUGGACAGGAUGAGAACACGUGUCCAUACCUAUUCAGUCUGCCGCCGCUGACUCUCCAUUUGCCAAACCAGCUCAGAGAGCUGGAGCAGAUCGUGAAGGAUUUGCAGAAGCUGAAGGACAACGUGGACCAACUGAGGAAGAUGUGUGCAGAUUGUACAGUAAGCCAAACUGAGAGAGAGUGUGGAAGGCAAAGAGAGAGACAGCAUGAAAAGCUGAAUGAGGGUACGGAUAGACAUGAGGAUGAGAGGAACUGGCUGAAUGAGAGAAAACCUGACAGGCCGAAAGAGUUUGGUCCACAGUGUGGGACAGACAGGGUUAAAGCAGAAAAGAUUACGGAGGGGGACGGUGACACUGAUUCAGAAAAAAGAACAAUUUUGGAAGAGAAAGACAGAAAGAAAUGGGAAGCAGAGAGAGGGAGCGAUAAAGGGGUCGUAAAAGAAAAUGAGAGGGAAGAAACCCUAAAAGAAAUGUCAGAAAAUUAUGGAAAAACUAAAACAGAAGGGGCAAAAGGAAAGGACAAAUUAGGGCAGGCAAAGGUGCAAACGGCUGGUGGAAAUGAGAGGACAGUGGAUAUUAUCAACAAAAAUGUUGUUGAAAAGAAUAACAAGGAGAUAGAGACAGACAGAAAUAAGGACAAAGAUGGAAAAGGGAAUUCAAAGCGAGAUCCAGAAGAUAAGUUGGAGAGUGGAAAAGAGAGGGAGAUUACGAGUAAUGUAAAAAAUAAGGAGAAGACAGAAGAAAGUGACCAUCACGUGAGGCAACAUGAAACAAAGGAAACAGGGAAAAAGACCCAAACUGAAGCAGACAGGGGCAGUGAUGGAAUAAAGAUGUCCGAGGACCAUGAUGAGCAUACAAAUAAGGAGCGAAAGCAGCAUGGGGAGGAGAGGAAAAAGGAAAUGGAAAAGGGAAUAAAAGUGGAGCGAAAUAAUGAGAAACCAAAACAGACUGAAAGCAUCGGGCGUGCAGAAAAAGAGACUAUAAAAGAGGGGGAGGAGGAGGACGGGGAGGCAGGAAGAGAGAUCAAAACAGAGAGAGAAAAAACGGUCCAGAGUGUGCAGAGGGACAGUGAUGGAGAAUUAGCAUCCAGCAAGGCAACUGAGAGGACAGACUUUGUUUCAAUCAGUCCGACUCCUCACCCCAUCAUUAGUUUAACUCCAGGGCACGACUCCAUGGACUCAAACGAAGCUACAACCUUUACAUCAUUUCUUCCAUCUCCUCCUUUGUCCAGCCCGACUUCACAUUUGGUCACAGAUGCCAAUCAAGGGAUGACAAUAGUUGAUGAUGGACUACCAACUCAAAGCGCAGGCCUUGGAGCAGCUGGCAUUUCUGAACAGCCGCGCCCUGAUGGAAAGGAAGGCUUUAGGACCACAAGUAUGCCAACAACAACAGCCACAAUAAACACGUUGGGUGGUCCUGGACAACAGAUUACCAGAGCCACUGAUGGGUUCACCUCUACAACCCGUGCAAGACCUGGGGCAGGCUUCCAGGGUCGAGUUAGCUUGACUACGGCAACUAUAACUCCUCGUCAGAAUUUAUACACAACUACAUUUCCAGGAGUCGCAGACCGCGGCCGUUGGACAGCUAAAAAGAACAUCAGCUCAAACACUAAGACUGGCAUGAAACCUCCACCAGGCCGAGGACCAAAGCCUGGUGAAAAGCAUAAACCAGCAAUUAAGCCUGACGCAGACCAAAAACUAAAAAAUCCAAAGAAUGACCGUAAACCUGGCGGAGCCCCUUUGCCUGACAGAAAAACAAAACAUGACCAAAAGCAGAAGCCUUCCCACCAGAAACCCACAACUGAGCGAAAAUCUAAACCUGGCAAAGACCCUAAACGAGUCCAGGUCCCAAAACCUGACCAAAGACCUCGACCUGAUCAUUUAGAGACUGAUCAAAAUCUGAAAAACAAUAAAAUACCUAAACAUGACCAAGAACAUACAACUGAUCAAAGCCAGUUACCUGUGCAGAAGCCAAAAACUCAUCAAAAGGCUAUGCCUCCUGUUCACAGACCUGCACCUCAUCAAAGACCUCAAACUGUAAAUGCAACUGGUUCUGGCAAAGACCCUCGAACUGACCGAGAGACUGAAUCUGUUGAAAAACCAAUUAUUACUAAACCCUCAAAACCUGGGAAAAAGCCAGAUCAUCCUCUGACAACUGACAAACUUGACCAAACUCAAAAACCUCACAAGAAGCCGAAAGUUGAAGAAAAGCCUAAACCUGAUCAAGGGUCUAGGAUAAACCAGUAUUUCACACCUGAGCAAGAGCCUGAACCUGAAACAAGUGAACCAACUAGCUUCACACCAAAAUCUAACCAAAAGCCUAAACCUGAUCAAGGGUCUAGGAUAAACCAGUAUUUCACACCUGAGCAAGAGCCUGAACCUGAAACAAGUGAACCAACUAGCUUCACACCAAAAUCUAACCAAAAGCUUAAACCUGAUCAAGGGUCUAGGAUAAAUCAGUAUUUCACACCUGAGCAAGAGCCUGAACCUGAAACAAGUGAACCAACUAGCUUCACACCCAAAUCUAACCAAAAGCCUAAACCUGAUCAAGGGUCUAGGAUAAACCAGUAUUUCACACCUGAGCAAGAGCCUGAACCUGAAACAAGUGAACCAACUAGCUUCACACCCAAAUCUAACCAAAAGCCUAAACCUGACCAAAAGCUUAAACCCGAUCAAGGGUCUGCAAUAGACCAAUAUUUUACACCUGACCAAGAGCCUGAACCUGAAACAAGUGAACCAACUAGGUCCACACCCAAAUCUAACCAAAAGCCUAAACCUGAUCAAGGGUCUAGGAUAAACCAGUAUUUCACACCUGAGCAAGAGCCUGAACCUGAAACAAGUGAACCAACUAGCUUCACACCAAAAUCUAACCAAAAGCUUAAACCUGAUCAAGGGUCUAGGAUAAAUCAGUAUUUCACACCUGACCAAGAGCCUGAACCUGAAACAAGUGAACCAACUAGCUUCACACCAAAAUCUAACCAAAAGCUUAAACCUGAUCAAGGGUCUAGGAUAAACCAGUAUUUCACACCUGAGCAAGAGCCUGAACCUGAAACAAGUGAACCAACUAGCUUCACACCCAAAUCUAACCAAAAGCCUAAACCUGACCAAAAGCUUAAACCCGAUCAAGGGUCUACAAUAGACCAAUAUUUUACACCUGACCAAGAGCCUGAACCUGAAACAAGUGAACCAACUGGCUUCACACCAAUGUCUAACCAAAAGCCUAAACCUGAACGAGGGUCUGCGAUAAACCAGUAUUUCACACCUGACCAAGAGCCUGACCCCGAAACUAGUGAACCAACUAGCUUCACACCAAAAUCUAACCAAAAGCCUCAAACAGAAUUAAAGGAAAAGUCUGAUGAAAAUCCUAAAUCUGUCAAAGACUCAACACCUGGACAAAAGCUCACACCUGAUCGUGGCCCAAUCAAACGCCCUGAUCAAAACCCUAAACCUAGCCAGAAAUUUCCUAAAACAAACCAAAGGCCAAAACCCAACCAAAAACAUCCAGAGCUUGUAACAGGCCAAAAGACGAAACCAAACAUGAAGCCUAAACCUCCACAAACCAAUCAAGGUAUUAGAACGCCUCGGCCUGUCCAAAUGCCUGACCUUAACCCCAAAUCCGUGCGUGAUGAAAUUCCUGAAGCACAAUCUAACAAAACAUCCAAACCGAGGCCUCCACCCAGACACAGGCCACCAACCAGACCUACACUCAGGCCAGGAGCAACACCCCUUCAAAGGCCAAAACCAGCAGUGCAACUAGAGCCAAGUCCAAAGACCAAAACAGACGUAGAUCCCCUUCAAAUCAGCGGGACUGAUUCAAACAACAUCCAAGCCUUUCAAACUGACAUGCCACCUGCACCAGGCCCUGCAACACAGAUUGGUGAAGUCACUCAUGCUCCGGGGGUCACAGAGUUCAGUCCCAGCACGAUGAAAACUAUCACUGCGGGUCCAAAGACCUCCAACAGCCUGGAGACUGGACCCUUCCCUCGCCCUCACACUCUCUCUGAAGGCUUCACGAUGAGCCCAAACAGCAGGAUUACGUCUGAUCUGAGGCCACAAACAGCCAGUCAACCACCAUCGAUCCCAAUGACAACAAAACCAAACAAAAUCAUCCAUGGGAUCCUCCCAAGUGUUAUCCCUAGCACAAGUCCAAAAUCCACAAAGCCAAAUCUAGCAUCUAAUACUGACUCCAGCUUACUCCACAGUGUGGAGGUAGCAGCACCCACACAAACUCCAUAUCCAGACAAAAUGAUGAUUCCAGUCCCUACACGCAGUGCCCAAACUACCUCCACAAUCAGCCCUGACCUCAGGUCAACAACCCCUGCCACCUCUGGCCCCGAGCCCCCAGCUGUGGAGUCUUCCACUCCCAGUGCACGAGAGCUGCGUGUGAAAAUCAACCAGGUGGCCGCUUUCCUCAACAACAGCCUGACUCCAAAUGGAAGGCCACCGGACAGGCGUCCAAAAGAGCACCUGGGAGACAACAAAGGAGGCAGCAGACCUGAAAAUAAAGUACCAGCAGUGAAACCGUCUAAAGUUACUAUGCCGAGAGACUGCUCCGACCACCUGCUCAGGGGAGAGACAAGAAGCAGAGUGUACCUGGUGACCCCUGACCUCCGCAGCAGAAGCUUCCCAGUCCUCUGUGACAUGGAGCUGAAUGGAGGAGGGUGGACGCUCCUGCAGCGCCGGCAGGACGGCAGCGUGAGCUUCAACCGCACCUGGGCUGAGUACCGAGCAGGCUUCGGGGAGCUGGACGGAGGGGAGUUCUGGCUGGGCAACAACAUGAUCCACCUGCUGACCCGGGACAGGGACAUGGUGCUGCGGGUGGAGCUGGAGGACUUUGAAGGGGUGAUGGAGUAUGCAGAGUAUGAGCACUUCAGGGUGGCGAGUGAGCGGCUGCGCUACAGGCUGUCAGUGGGUGGUUACUCUGGCACUGCAGGUGAUGCUCUCCGCUUCAGUAAGCAGUACGACCACAACAACAGGGCGUUCACCACGCCGGACAGAGACAACGACCGCUAUCCAUCCGGGAACUGCGGGGCCUACUACAGCUCCGGCUGGUGGUUUGAUGCCUGCUUGGCUGCAAACCUCAACGGGAAGUACUAUGCGGGGAGGUACAAGGGAGUCCGGGACGGGAUCUACUGGGGGACAUGGCACAACAUAUCUACAGAGUUUUACCCCACCAAUGACAGACAGUCUUUUAAAAAGGUCAGGAUGAUGAUCCGUCCAAAGGGCUUUGCACCAUGAGCUGAGACUCAAAGGGUCCGACUACCAACUUCAACAAUAAACUCUUGAGAUGCUCAUUAUAGUUCAAUAAACCCAGCAUACCCUCCACAACUGUUAUACUAUAAACACAAUGCUGCCGCCUUGUGGCGUUUGGUUCUGCAAUACUGAUUAAAAAAAAAAAAUAAAAUAAAAAAAAAUUAAGGCCUACAGGAUGAUAUGACAAUAACUGAGGGUGUACAUAGUCAUAAACGUUACGGUCAUAAUUACGAAGUAUCUUUUUAAUAACCUUUAAUAUUAAGGGACUGUUCUUUAUUUAUCAGAGGAGGGGGUGGCUGGGGUGUGACUUUUUUUUUUUACCCUCCCCGAAGCUACAAAUAUUUUCCCAUGAGCCUCCCUCAGUGACUGGCGGAAAAUGCACGACCCUCCCUCCACCAUAAAUAAGUUAUUAGUUUUUUAAAACCUCACCUUUGAUGUUUAAAAGUUAGAAAUUAAAGAUAAAAUCCUGGAGUUGAAAAAAGCCUCAGUUUCUCAAGCUUGUUCAUGCAAAUGUUUAUUUUUGGCCAAAUUUUAAAUGAAACGUAGCAUAAAGUGAUUUUGAUGAAAUAUCACUAUUUUAAAAUUAGAUUUGGUCCUGUUUUUUUUCUGUUGAAAGAGGUUGUUGCACACAUUGUGUCAAAAUCCGAUGAUAAUUUCUGUUUUUACAGUUUCUGACUAUGAUAAAUGGUGUAAUUUCUGUGAUUUUUAAAAUAAAACAUGCCUAUGCCAUUAAAAAAAUAAAGCAAAAAUACAACCAUUUAAAUUUGUAUACCCCUACCCACCUGCUCUCCUCUCACAAGUAACAAACAGUCCCUAGUAUGUCUCUUUGUUGAAUGGACUUUGUUUAAUGACAGGAGAGGUAAAUUCUCUUGUGAAGAGUUAUUUUUUGGUGAAUCUGACGGGUAUGUGGCAACAGAGAAUGAUAUUUUUAUUAUUACAGUACUGGAAAGCCAGUUGAUGGUUGAUUGAAGCUGUAUGGGAUGUUUUAGAAUUAAGAUUGUUUU